CAUAACUCUCCAUUUUCUAUCUGUAUGCUUAUCUUGGAGUUGUUUAAAAGUCCAACAUGAACCUGCUUCAGAAUCCACCCUGGUAGGGCAUGACACAUACCCACCUGACUGUACAAAGUGCUUCACUCCAACUACCCCGCUCUCCCAACCACUACUUUAUUCCAGUAACUUUACAAUUACAGCCACCUUGUAUUAGCCAUUUUGGCCCUGGGAAAUAUGCCUGGCUGUCCACUUGAUCUAUGCUUGUUAUUAUCUUGUCCACAUGUAUCACGUCAUUUCUCAUCAUCCUUUGCCCCAAGCUGUCCUCAUAGUACAUGCUCUGUCCUCUAGGCAGCUCCUGGUAAAUCUCCUCUGCACUCUCUCCAAUGCUUUCUGUAGUGUGGCACUCAGAACUGAACAUAAUAUUCCAAGUAACACACACAAAAAGCUGGUGGAACGCAGCAGGUCAGGCAGCGUCUAUAGGAAGAAGUAUAGUCGACGUUUUGGGCCGAGAGAUCCAGCAUUUUCUGUGUGUUAUUUGAAUUUUCAGCAUCUGCAGAUUUUCUUGUGUUUGCAUAAUAUUCCAAGUGUGAUCUAAUCAGGAUUGCAUAGAAUUGCAACAUUACCUCGCUGCUGUUUCUUAACCACCCUAUCAAAUUGCAUGGAAACUUCGAAGGAUGUGGUUCCUGAUAUCCCUGUUCCUGGUCACUGCCAAAAAUCCUGUCAUUAACUCCGUAUUCUGCAUUAAAAUCCGUACUCCAAAGUAAAUCUGCAUUUUUCCCGAGGGAGAAGCGUAUGUAAACAUCACGCUGUGUUUGCACCCACUGUCCACUUGGGGCGCAACUGCGGUUUACAAAUCCCUUUUCUCACCUGUCUUCACCUACCACCUACCGCCUCAACCUUCUUAUAUUGUGACGUCUUCUCCCAUCCUUGUCCGACCUGAAGAAGGGUCACUGCCCGAAACGUUGAUUAGUUAUUCACCUCCAUUGAUGCUGCCUGACCCGCUGAGUUCCUCCAGCAUUUUGAAUUUGGCGCUUCGGAAUUCGGCGACCAAAUGCGCAUGCGUUGUUUUCCCCGGUACUCGCGCAUGCGCUCAGUGGACGGCAGACGUCCAGUCGGUUCGGCGGCGAUCCCAGUAGCGUGGCUCCGAGCAGAGUUUUCAUCGGCACCGGUUUUCACACCAGGACUGAGGAAAAAUUUUUGCGAGGUCCGGACACACCGGGAUCAUUGCCGUUCCUUUCCCUCUCUCUCAGACCCACGAACCGUAACGCGUGCCCCAGGAGAGCUUUCUGCUGCUGAGGCCGAGACCCUUCAUCAGGACUGGAAGAAAAGAUGAGAAGUCAGAGUAAGAAGGUUGGAAAUGACAGCGAAUUUCUGUACGGGAAUCUCAAUCACAACAAUAUUUCCUUUGUAACACCAAUAUAUCUGCAGUUGAUCCUUGGAGAUGAAGAUGUAUCUUAUUCCAUCUGGAAACAGGUUUUGUGUCUGAAGUGAAGUUUUAUGUGUGACUCUGUGCAAUCCACGAGAAUCAGGGAGCUGAGAACAAACCAGCACUUGUUCACUCGAGAUCAGUUCAACUACAUUGACUAUACGAAGCAUUCACCCUGUCUGAUGUUUGACUUGGUGAAUUGCCAGCAGGGAUUAUCAUUCUCCUCUUGGUGUGUUAUUCUCUCACUCAGCAAACCGCAGACACGACAGUGAACAGAGGGGGAAGCCAGUUCACCUCUGUGUGGGACAGGGUCUACACAGUCAUCCAACCUGAAGAUACAUCAGCAAGUUCACACCACGGUGAGAUGGUUCGCCCGUUCCGUCUGUGGGAAGAGAUUCAUUCAGUCAUCCACGCCAAUACAUCAGAAAAUUCACAGCAGUGAGGGGCCAAUCGCUUGCUCCGUGUGUAGGAACGGUUUCACUCACUCAGCUGAUCCACAGAGACACCAGUGGGCUGACAGGGGGGACAGUUCAACUGUUCUGUAUGGGGAAAGAGAUUCACUCAGUCAUCUGAUCUGCUGACACUCAAGUGUGUUCACACUAGGCAGAGGCUGUUCACCUGUGGGAAGGGAUUCAAUCGAAAAUCCCAGCUACAAGCACACCAGCGAGUUCAGAUGGUAGAGAGGCCGUUCACCUGCUCAGACUGCAUGAAGGGGUUCACACAUUUAUCUCACCUACAGAUACACCAGCGAGUCCACACUGGGGAGAGGCCAUUCACCUGCUCAGUGUGUGGGAAGGGGUUCAGUCGAUCAUCUGCCCUAUUGGUACACCAGCGAGUUCACACUGGGGAGAGGCCAUUCACCUGCUCAGACUGUGGGAAGGGAUUCACUCAAUCAUCUGACCUACAGGCACACCAGUCAGUUCACACAGGAGUGUACCCAUACACCUGCUCAGACUGUGGGAAGGGAUUCACGAAGCCAUCUAAACUGAAGGUACACCAGCGAGUUCACACUGGGGAGAAGCCAUUCACUUGCUCAGACUGUGGGAAGGGGUUCACUCAAUCAUCUGACCUGCAUGCACACCAGCGAGUUCACACUGGGGAAUGGCCAUUCACAUGCUCAGACUGUGGGAAGGGAUUCACUCAGUCAUCUAAGCUGAAGGUACAUCAGCGAGUUCACACUGGGGAGAGACCAUUUACCUGUUCAGUGUGUGGGAAGAGAUUCACUCGAUCAUCUCACCUACAGGCACAUAAGUCACUUCACACUGGGGAGUGGCCAAUCACCUGCUCAGACUGUGGGAAGGGAUUCACUCAGUCAUCUCAACUGAAGGUACAUCAGCGAGUUCACACUGGGGAGAGGCCUUUUAGAUGUACAGUGUGUGGGAAGGGUUUCACUCAAUUAUCUCAUUUACAGGCACACAAGUUAGUUCACACUGGGGAGAGACCAUUCACCUGCUCUGACUGUGGGAAGCGAUUCACUCAGUCAUCUCAACUGAAGGUACACCAGCGGGUUCACACUGGGGUGAGCACGUUCACCUGUUGAGUAUGUGGGAAGGGAUUCACUCAGUUAACUCACCUACAGGCACCUCAGUUAGUUCAUGUGCUCAGACUAUGGGGAAGGUUAUCCCACAGUCGUUUUCACUGCUGUGCCACCAGUUCGUUGACAAUAGUGAGAGGCCAUUGACCUGCUCUGUGUGGAGGAAGGCAUUCCCCUGCCAGUGAGUUCAUGCUGGAGAGACCAAUUAUCUGCUGAAAACGUGUGACAGGAUUCAUUCAGUCAUCUCAACUGAGGCUACACCAGUGAGUUAGAAACAGAGAAAACCUACAGCACAAUACAGGCCCUUCAGCCCAAAAAAAUUGUGCCGAACAUGUCCCUACCUUAGAAAUUAUUAGGCUUACCUAUAGCCCUCUAUUUUACUAAGCUCCAAGUACCUAUCCAAAAGUAUCUUAAAAUACCCUAUCAUAUGCACCUCCACCACCGUCGCCGGCAGCCCACUCCACGCACUCACCACUCUCUCAGUAAAAAACUUACCCCUGACAUCUCUGUACCUACUCCCCAGCACCUUAAACCUGUGCCCUAUUGUGGCAACCAUUUCAGCCCUGGGGAAAAGUCUCUGACUAUCCACACGAUCAAUGCCUCUCAUCAUCUUAUACACCUCUAUCAUGUUACCUCUCAUCCUUUGUCACUCCAAGGAGAAAAAGUCGAGUUCACACUGGAGAGAGGCUGUUCAGCUUCUCAAACUGUGGGAAGGGAUAUACGAAGCUUGAUUGAUAGGUUCAUGGCUUGAGGUAGAAGAGGCCAAUUUUAGAAAACCAAGCACAUUUAUUUUUCAACAUAGUCCCCUCCUACAUUUACACACUUAGUCCAGCGGUCAUGGAGCAUACGGAUCUUGAACCUUCAGAAAGUGUCCACAGCAGGGGUGAUUCAUAGGUUCAUGGCCUAAGGUAGAAGGAGAUGCACAUGCAGUUCAACUCUUUGAGUGAUUACGCAGAAAGUUUUAAGAUAAUAACUCAUCAGGGGUGAUUGAUAAGUUUGUGGCCAAAGGUAGAAGGAUAUGUUAUUAAUUUCAAACUUCCUGCAAACUUCACUCAAAGAGUUGAACUGCAUGUGCAUGUAACAAGAGCUGUAUAACUCAUCUCCUUCUACCUUAGACCAUGAACUUAUCAAUCAUCUCUCAUACACCGUGUGACACACUACCGACUUCACACCGGGGGAAAAUGUUCCGAUGUGCUGCAGGCUGGGUACUUAGGAUUGCUGUAACCAGAGGCAAGUUCACAAGUGACUGUUGUUAAACUCUGCAAUUUACUGCUGCUGUUCAUCAAACCCAGGUCACUGGGGAUGGGAGGAGUUUUUUCUGAUGUUCACAUUUAAUGGGACUGGAGUUUAUGAGAUAAAUAAAUCAAUUCUAU